AUGGGACAUAGAAUUGUUGUCUUGAGUGGAGGAACCGCUACUAAUGACCUUGUCCCAUUAUUCAAUUCAAUUUCCACGGAUGUCACUUAUGUCUUACCUAUUCUGGAUAAUGGCGGGUCAACUUCUGAGAUUAUUCGUGUGAUUGGAGGGCCAGCUAUAGGAGACAUACGAUCAAGACUUACAAGGCUAAUUCCUGACAACAAGGCGAAGUUGAGGGAUCUAUUAUCAUUCAGAUUAGACCAGGAUCCAGUGAGAGCGAAAGCACAAUGGAAUGAACUUGUCGAUGGAACGCAUCCACUAUGGAAUGGAAUACCCCUCUCAACGAAAGAGAUAUUCAGAGCAUUUUUAAUACAUGUUCAUGUUGAGUUGCUCAAAAGGUCCAAAAUCAGCAUGUCUUCUACGAUAAAUAAACAAUUUCGAUACGAACUUGCGAAUGUGGGCAAUUUGUUUCUCACUGGAGUGAGACUUUUCAUCGGAUCUUUAGACUCUGCAAUCGAAUUGUUUAUGAAAAUGACAGAUAUCAAUCCAAAAAUUGAAGUCUUGCCGUGUAUCAACACCAACUUCAGCUACCACAUUGGUGCAAAAUUAUCGAAUGAUCUCAUAAUUACUGGUCAGUCACAAAUUUCCCACCCAUCCAGUGUAAAGGAAAUAUAUCCACCGCCGAUUGAUAAGACCCGACCUUCAACUCCCACCGAAGAACUUGAAGUUAGACUUAAUUUAAAUCAAAAAUCCUCUGAUAGUGAUGAGUCAGCUUUGUCCUCUGACGAGGAAGCUGGGAACUUACCACUGUAUAUCCACCCAGAGCUUAAGAAGUCACAAUUGCAUUUUAACAAGACAGAGGAUAUCGAACCUUUGCUAUCACCAAUUGAAAGGGUUUUUUAUAUUUCUCCUUACGGUGAAGAGAUCUGCCCGACCGCCCAGAAUCAUGUCAUAUCUGCAAUCGCAAAUGCACAUCUGGUGAUAUUCUCAAUAGGUUCGUUGAUGACAAGCAUUGUUCCAAUUGUUAUAUUAAAAGGUGUUGGUCGUGCUAUUGCGUCCGACAUGAAAACAAACAAGAAACGAAUCCUAUUUUUGAAUGGUUGUGAAGACCGUGAAACAUUUGGAAUGCAAGCAUACGAUUAUGUUCGAAUGAUUGUUGAGCUGGCCAAGUACUCAUUAGAGAAAUCUAAUCACGAAUUUAUUGAUGAUUGGACAAAGUUUGUCACACAUUUAUUCUAUAUGGAUAACCCAAGAAUCCCACUUGAUGUUGAUAAAUUGCAAGCGAAGGGAAUCCAGUGCAUAGCAAUCCGCAGGGAUGCAUUUUUGAUCGAUCGAUAUGACUUAUCAGAUCUCCAAGAAAAGCUUCAACAAAUUCAUGAAGCAAAUGACUAA